AUGGAGGGCGCCGAGCCCCGCGCGCGGCCCGAGCGCCUGGCGGAGGCCGAGAGCCGGGCGGCCGACGGCGGGCGCCUGGUGGAGGUGCAGCUGAGCGGCGGCGCCCCGUGGGGCUUCACCCUGAAGGGCGGCCGCGAGCACGGCGAGCCGCUGGUCAUCACCAAGAUUGAAGAAGGAAGCAAAGCUGCGGCCGUGGACAAGUUACUGGCGGGAGACGAGAUUGUGGGCAUCAACGACGUCGGUCUCUCGGGAUUCAGACAAGAGGCCAUUUGCCUGGUGAAGGGGUCCCAUAAGACCCUGAAGUUGGUGGUGAAAAGGAGGAACGAGCUGAGCUGGAGGCCGCACUCCUGGCACGCGGCCAAGUUCUGCGACGGCCACCCUGAGGCAGCGCUGGCGCCCUUCUCCGCUGGGGGUGGCGGGCCCUCCUGGCGUCACCACACCAGCUCCUCCUCGCACGACCUGUCGGGCGCCUGGGAGCCGUCGAGCCUGCAGCGCAGCUCUGACCACUUCAGCUCCCUGGGGAGCGUGGACAGCCUGGACCCUCCUUCCCAGCCCUCCGGGCGCCUCUCGGCCGCCAAGUCCAACAGCAGCAUUGACCACCUGGGCGGCCCGAGCAAGCGGGACUCGGCGUACGGCUCCUUCUCCACCAGCUCGGGCACCCCCGACCUCACCCUGCCCAAGGCCGACGCCUCCUCCACGGAGAACCUCCUCUACAAGGUCGGCCUGUGGGAAGCCUCCAAGCCGGGCGGCCGACAGUGCCCGGCCGGCGACGCUCCGGGCCCCGAGGAGAAGCUCGGCCACUUCCCUCCCAGGGUCCCCAGUGACCGCAGCCGAAGCCCGAGGCCCGAGGGCACUCUUGAGCCCAGGCCGGCCAGCUCUGCCAGGUCCAGUUUCGGGCCGGUCUGGUAUGUGCCCGAGAAGAGAAAGGCCCCUUCCUCCCCGCCCCCACCUCCGCCCCCACUCCGCAGCGACAGCUUCGCCGCCACCAAGGGCCAUGAGAAGCCCCAGGGCCCUCCGUCGUCUGAGGUGCCAGGCGCCCAGCCCUUCCCGGCCCCGACCCGGGCCCCAUCCCACGGCGACUGGAGAGCAGAGUCGGCCGAAGCUCAGCGGAGGCGCGACGCGAGAGGGGCCGUAGGCCCAGGCUGGGGCCUGGACGCGCCGCUGGAUGGCGGGUGGCCGUCCUCCGAGCAGGAUGCGGGCGGCCUCCCAGGAGCCCCCGGCCGACUGCAGGCCUCUGCGUCCAGCACGGAUGUGCGCUGCCCGCCGCCCUACGCGUGCCAGCCCCUGCGCCGGUGCGGCCGCGACAGCCCCUUCCUUCCCGAGGGGCCCCGGGAGCAGCCGCCCGGCGCCUUUGCUGGGGGCCUGCAGGAGCGCCCCGCCGACCACCCCCAGGACAGUGGCCUUGCCCGGGACAGGUGGCCCAGGACUGCCGACCAGAGGGAGGACAGUGGCGGUGGACAGAAGCGCCACCUGUGCACGCCCAGCGGACCGUGCCGCGCACAGACAGGGCCGCCCCCAGAGGAGCCCCGGCUCUGGGACCUGGCGCGGGGUGCCCACGAGGUCCCUGCGGCGCAGCCAACGGGGCCGAAGUCCCGGUGCCGCCUGCUGCAGCACGAGGUGCCCCCAGGCGCCCAGGAGUGGGCAAGGGCCUGCCAGUCGGACAGAGCGGCAGAGGGCCCAUCUGCGGGGGCCGGAGACCCGCAGGGCACCAGCUGCCCAGACCAAGCCGACCGGAAGAUGGUCAUGGACAGCGUCAGGGGGUCGGAUGGGGAAAGCGGCUGGAUCUCUCCACAGAAGACCCCCAUGUUGCACUGCCUAGCCCAGGAGGGGGCGUGCCGGGCGCAGAACGGCCACCCCAGUGGCACAGAGAGGCCUCCGCCGUUUGACAGCCAGGCGGGCAAGGCCAUACGCAGGAGUGACCGCUUCGCCACCACCCUGCGGACCGAGAUCCAGCUGCUGCGGGCCAGGCUGCAGAAGGGCACGAGCACCGCCGCACUGCCCGCGGCCACAGCCCAGGCGGGAGAGGAGGCCGGCGGCUGGAGGGCCGAGCGGGGCGGCGCCCCCCCAGAAGGGUCUUUCCCCGGCACCUACAAAGACCACCUGAAGGAGGCCCAAGCUCGGGUUCUGAGGGCCACGUCCUUCCAGCGCCGGGACCUGGACCCCAGCCCAGCCGACCACUGUCCGGGGGCAGCAGAACCCGGGGCCGGGGUGCUCAGCACCCCUUCCUUGUUCUCCACGGGGGCUCCCGACCCUGGCCCCCGCUUCUGGGAGGCAGGCCUGACCAAGCCGCCCUCCUCUUCUGGGGGGUGCGGGCCCCACCUUCCCCGCGUCGGAGGCCGCAAGCGCUUUACCACGGCACAGAAGCUGAAAUCCUACUCUGAGCCUGAGAAGAUGAACGAGGUGGGGGUCACGGCACACUACCGCCCCCACCCUGUGGCCGCCGAGGACGCCGUGGGCACGUUUGCCGACAGGUGGAAAUUUUUUGAGGAGACCAGCAGACCCGCUCCCCAGCAGGCUGGGCAGAGACCAGCUGUGUGCAGAGGCCUGAGGGAGGGCCCGGGAAGGCCGCAGACAGCCGGGCCCGCCUGUGAGGGCUCCGAGCCGUGGCUCCAGCCGAGGGGCCGCACCACCUCCUUUGGGGAAAACGCCAGUGGGCCCAGAAAGGCAGGCACAGUGGGGGAAUCGGACCCACCGCAGAGACUCGGGACCUUUGCUGAGUAUCAAGCCUCUUGGCGGGAGCCAAGGACGGCUCUGGAAGCCCGGGGUUCUGGCAGGUACCACUCGGCGGAUGACAUCCUGGACCCCGGUCUGGAGCAGCACCAGAGGCCGCAGUAUGUCCAUGAAAGGUCCCGGUCGUCUCCAUCCAAAGAGCUCUAUAACCAGGAAGUGUGUGUGGAGGCGCGGCGGCGCACUGCGGACCCCGGCGAGCAGAGACAGCACGCCCACGCGCUGCGGCCCCCGGAGGUGCACCCCACGCCGAGACCCGCAGACGCGCGCCGUGGAGACGCUCCAGGAGCACGGGGCGCCCCGUGGCCCUCAUGCCAGGCCUCUGAAGCGGCCCGCGCCCCGGAAACCGCAGCGGGAGCCCGGGACGGUGGUGGCAGAGCAGGCGGCCUACCUCACAGCAGCAGACACGCCGAGGAGCUCAAGCCCGCAGACCCGCUGCCCCUGGCGCUGCCGCUUGCCAAGAGGCCGGCCCCACAGAGGCCCCCGCCCCCGCGACGCGAGCCCAGGCCAUCGAGGGGCGCGGCUGGCGCACCUGCGUCAGCCCACCUGGCCGCGCCGGGCAGGCCCCUGCCCACGCCAUCCCCCGCGGCCCUGGACGUGUGCCUGGACCGCCUGUCUCUGUCACACAGCCCCGGCACCUCGGCGGACAGGCCGCACAGAAGCGCGCCCACAGACGAGCCGGGGGCAGCUGGCGAGCAUGUAGACUCCCGUGCCGCCUGCCAGGAAGCCCCGCGCCCGCCCGCGCACACGGCCACCAUGGAGACCUCCCGCUCCCCCUCUCCGCAGUUUGCCCCCCAGAAGCUGACGGACAAGCCGCCCCUGCUCAUCCAGGAUGAGAAUUCUACCAGGAUCGAGCGGGUGAUGGACAACAACACCACGGUGAAGAUGGUGCCCAUCAAGAUCGUGCACGCAGAGAGCCAGCCGGAGAAGGAGAGCCGCCAGGGCCUGGCGCGCGCCGCCGAGCCACCCGCACUGCCCAGCGGGCUGGAGAAGGACCAGCUCAGGACGCUGCGCACGUCGGAGCAGUCCUACUCCAGCUUCUGUGUGUACAGCCGCCAGGGCGCCGAGCCCGCACCCCCCGGCCAGGACAGCCGCGCCUCCCCCGCCGCGCUCAGCUACGUGAAGGCCAAGGAGCGCACGGCCGAGGACCUGAAGUCGGAGGAGCUGGCCCGGGAGAUCGUGGGCAAGGACAAGUCCCUGGCCGACAUCCUGGACCCCCGCGUGAAGAUGAGGACCGCCAUGGACCUGAUGGAGGGCAUCUUCCCCAAAGACGAGCACCUCUUGGAGGAAGCUCAGCAGCGGAGGAAGCUGCUCCCCAAAGUCCCCUCUCCUCGGGCCCCGGAGGACAAGAAGGAGGAGCCGAGCACGCCUGUGGCCAUGCCGCUGGCCACCAGCUCCGCCUACUACAGCACGUCAGCCCCCAAGGCUGAGCUGCUGAUCAAGAUGAAGGACCUGCAGGAGCAGCAGGAGCCUGAGGAGGACUCAGGAAGUGACUUGGACCACGACUUGUCAGUGAAGAAGCAGGAGCUCAUCGAGAGCCUCAGCCGCAAGCUGCAGGUGCUCCGGGAGGCCCGCGAGAGCCUGCUGGAGGACAUUCGGGCCAACGGCGCGCUGGGGGACGAGGUGGAGGCCAUCGCCAAGGACGUCUGCAAGCCCAAUGAGUUUGACAAGUUCCGCAUGUUCAUCGGGGACCUGGACAAGGUGGUGAACCUGCUGCUGUCCCUUUCAGGCCGCCUGGCCCGCGUGGAGAACGCCCUCAACAACCUGGACGGUAGCGCUUCUCCUGGCGACCGGCAAUCGCUGCUGGAGAAGCAGAGGGUCCUGGUCCAGCAGCACGAAGACGCCAAGGAGCUCAAGGAGAACCUGGACCGCCGCGAGCGCAUCGUCUUCGACAUCCUGGCCAGCUACCUCAGUGAGGACAGCCUGGCCGACUACGAGCACUUCGUCAAGAUGAAGUCAGCCCUGAUCAUCGAGCAGCGUGAGCUGGAGGACAAGAUCCACCUGGGCGAGGAGCAGCUCAAGUGCUUGUUCGACAGCCUUCAGCCCGAGAGAGGCAAAUAGGCGCCUCCCGGCCGAGGCGGGGCCCUGUGGAGCGCCUCCCCGGCCGCCGGUGACACCCACCUGCAUUCCUGUGGGCACAGACCUCUCCGGUGCCCACGUGCUCUGAGAAAAGCAAUAAGCCCCCUGGGAAGAUGUUGUGUCACGUUUUCGUUCCCCCCAGUGCCGAGCAGGCCACGCCCGUCCUGCGUCCUUCUGUGCGUCCACGUGGCGUCAGGCCGCGGCUCUGCCCCUCCUCAGCGUGCCCCCCUCCCCCUGCCUGGGCAGCAGCCGGAGGCCCCGAGGGCCACCCUGGCCCCUGUCUUGGCACCAUCCCGGGCGCAGGCUGCCCCUGUGUCCCUGCUUGUCACCCAGCGGAAGGAGAAAUUCAGGGCAGUGGCCUCUGACGGGCCUCUUGGAAGCUGAAGCCUUUGCAGGUGGUCACCGGGCAAGCGGGGCAUGGGUGAGCUCCGAGUCGCCUCCCGAGGUGGCCGGAGUAAAACAACCUGGUUCCAAGCGUCUGCUGAUAAAGCGCUGGCUGCGUAUUUGUUUCCGAGCCCCAGGCGCUGUUUCUGAGCGGACCUUCCCACCAGGACCUCAUUCUGCGUGGGUGCGGCCCUCGAGGCACAUGGGUCUUCGCUCUGUGGGCUCUUCUGCCGUUCCGCCUGCCGGCAGGGCAGGGGCCUCCCUCGGGGCUCUCAGGGACGCCUGGGCCCUGCAGCCGCUGAGCUUACAGACGCGCUGGGCGCGCGGCCCUCACGUUAAUUCCCUGAACACCAGGGCCCGGCCAGUAGGAGAGGGGCAGGCUCGCGGAGGGCACCCACAGUCGUGUCCGAGGCCGCGACUUCCAUCGGGAGCCCUAGAGACCUGCCCCGCGUGGCCGUGGGAGCCGAGGGCGCGGGCCUGGCUGCUGGCCUGGUUUGACCCCCCGCCGAGGCGCUGGCAAGCAAGUCCCUCCUCUGAUGAAUGCUCAGUGGUCAGCAAUGAGCAUUUUAAGGCGCACUAGUCAGACAUUGGUCCUAGUGGGGGUCACUUGAACCCUCAUUCCCCUGUAGCCUGUGACAGAGGCUCCCCGGCUGGUGGGGGUGCCGCUCUCAGCAGUGGCUGCCUUCCCAGCACAGGACUGUGGCCUGCACCGCCCGGGACACAAGCUGGACCCAGGCCGCCGCAGAGGGGUCGGACCGCAGGCCUCUGACGCAGGCGCCUCACCUCCAGCAGAGAAACACCCUGUCAGACGUUUUUAUUCCCCUUAAAUUAAGCUAUUUCUGACCUGGAAAAAACGCUCAUUCUGCCAAUGACGUGACACCUCUCUCCCACCCGAUGUGGCCACCAGCUCGGAGCACGGCCACCCCCAGACCUCCGUCUCUCUCCCCCAUGGAGACGACCCCAGGAAUGUCGAUGAAUUUUGUUUUUAAUUUAGACCAGGCUUUCAUCUGUGAUUCCCCCCCCUCCGAUGCAGUGUUGUGGUCACUUUGGUGAUGUGUAUGUGAAAUGUGAAUAAUGGGAUCUGUGCUGUCUGUGUGUAGCCCCUUGAUGUCCUUUGAGAACUUUCUCCUCCGUGUAGCGAUAGGCCGUGCUCUGUGACCCUGUUCGCCAAGCACACUCCCCCAUCCUGUCCAAUCCCGUUUGCCCCCACGCGUCUGCUUGUCGGGAGCCCAAAGCUUCCGGGGAGGCAAUGUACAUAACGUUGUAUAUACUGCGCUACUGCACACGAGAACAACCUGGUGCUAACGUUGGCCCUUGGCAUUCUUAGGCGGUGGCUGAUGGCUCACCCUCUGUGACAGCCAGUUCUGGAAUGCUCUGGGUAGCGAGAGUCAGGCAGCUCACAUGGCUCUCAUCCUGCAGUCACCGUGGAGAAUGUGUUCCAGUCUCAUGCUCGACACUUACCACUUACCUCUCAACAGUCCAUCCUGCUUGACGUUCACACAAUAAAGUGUCUCUGAAUGAAGCACGUCUGACUUACCUAAUUUAUGUCAUUUUUUAAAAAGA